AUGACUGAAACAUCUAUUCGUGAUGUUUUUCUUUCAAUGCAAUUACCACCUGUAGAUGAAAUAGUUGCUACUUCAAAAACUGAUUUUCGAACAAUUCGUAAAUCUCGUCGAUCAUGUUAUCGAUCUUAUCAUAUUCCAAAAAUUGAUGAGACAACUGAAACUUCAAAUGUACUUCUUGAUGAAUUAAUAGAUACAAUUCAAACAAAAAAUAAUCAUUUAAAAGAACAUUUAAAUCAAGAAAAUCAAGCUAUUGAAGAUUUAAUAUGUAAAAAACGUGAAAUUGAUUUAUGGCGACAAUUAACUAAUUUAGUAAUACUUCCAUCGAAUCGAAAAACAUCUCUUGAUGAACAAAUAACUGCUUAUGAUUUAAGCGAAAAGAAAACAAUUGAAUUUCGAAAAGAUUCGAAUGAAAAUCCACAAUUAAAAGCUUGGAAUUAUAUAGGUCGUCAUAUAACAGAUGAUUUAGUAGAAAAUAUUCUUCGUGAUUCGAGUAAUAAUAAUAAUUCGAAUAAUGCAUCUAAUGGCCAUCAUGCAAUAAAAAAAGCUCGACGAACAAAUGAUGUAACACAAAAAAUACGUCCAAGUACAGGAAAAUCAACAGCAAUUGGUACUAGUUUACAAUCAAAAACCAAACGAGCAACACGUCGUAGUCGAAUGUGA